UUCAGUGUUGUAUGUAUAGGCGUUUCUCCCAAGGCCAGCUGAAACAAUGCUAUAAUCUCUUUACCACAAAUGCGACGCCGGCUAAUUUAAUUGCUCCCCCUCUCUCUCACACAUCUCACACACUAAUUCAUUUUCUCUCUCUUCUUUUCUUUUUCUUUAAAUUAGCAAUACCAAUAUUAUAUUUCUAUUUUAUUUUGUCCAGAUUGCUUUUUUCUGAGUCCCUUGUUUAUUGAUUGAUUUCAGUUUCAUCUCUCGAUACAAACCUUACCUCUACUCUUCUGUUUGUUGGGAUUCCAAGCUAUUCUCUCUCUCUCUCUUCUACCACAUUUCAAAACGUAUAAAAAUCGCCGGCAAAAUGCUGCCGGAGCUCGAUUUCUCUCCAUUCCUCCGGCAAUAGUUGAGCAGGAGAACACUCUACAACCACAACAGAAACAGAAAAACGCCUAGUUUAUUUAUGCCAUUGACGGAAAAAGGGGGGAAAAUGCCGGAGCCACAGCCGCUGCCGGAAAUCACAGUGAAGAAGGUUCAACCAACCGACGACAAUCUAGAGAGAGAAAAUCAGAAAUCGAUAGACAGCGCCGCUACCACAACCACCACCACGACGCCGAGGUCAGUAAUCAUCAUUCCGCGGAGCAAGUCGCAGGCGGCGAGCCGGCGCGUCGCUCCGACCUCGAUUUCCGAUGCCAGCUCAGCUAGGGUUAUGGAGAAGCGGCUCCCCAACGGCGAUCUGUACAUCGGAACGUUCUCGAACAACACUCCCCACGGAUCGGGCAAGUACCUGUGGGAGGACGGGUGCAUGUACGAGGGCGAGUGGAAGAAGGGGAAAGCAAGUGGAAAAGGAAAAUUCUCGUGGCCGUCGGGAGCGACUUUCGAAGGCGAGUUCAAGUCGGGUCGGAUGGAGGGCACAGGCACGUUUAUUGGUCCGGAUGGAGAUAUGUACCGAGGCUCGUGGUCGGGGGAUCGGAAGCACGGCUACGGAAUCAAGCAUUACAGCAAUGGUGAUUACUACGAGGGGCAGUGGAAGAGGAAUUUACAGGACGGGCAGGGGAGGUAUCUAUGGAGCAAUGGGAAUGAAUAUAUUGGUGAAUGGAAGAACGGAAUCAUUCACGGGAGAGGCGUUUUGGUUUGGAACAACAGGAAUAGAUUCGACGGGAAUUGGGAAAACGGCGUUCCGAAGGGGCAGGGCGUUUUUACAUGGCCGGACGGGAGCUGUUACAUCGGGAGCUGGGCGAAUGACUUGUGCCGGAGCAAUAGCAAUAGCAGCAGCAAGGCGCAAAUAUUGAAUGGCACAUUUUAUCCUGCUCACGCCGUCAAGGGCGGCGGAGAAGGCUUCAGUCAUAAGCUGUCGGCGCCGCUGAUGGUUGUUGGGGAGGAGGGCGCUGUGGCGGUGGCUGGCGGUAAGAAGAGGUCGUCUGUGGACGGAGGGGCGGCGGAGAGGGCUUUUCCGAGGAUUUGUAUUUGGGAAGCGGAUGGGGAAGCCGGGGAUAUUACUUGCGACAUUAUUGAUAAUGGCUUCGUGUUGAAUCAAGAUGGGAUUAAGCAGUUCAGGAGGAGGAACCCCUGCUGUUUUAACAGCGGCGAGGCGAAGAAGCCAGGGGAGACCAUUUCGAAAGGGCACAAGAAUUACGAGCUCAUGCUCAAUCUCCAGCUCGGCAUAAGGCAUUCUGUGGGGAAGCAUGCUUCUAAUUUGCGCGAUCUCAAGCUGAGUGAUUUUGAUAGUAAGGAGAAAUUCUGGACUAGGUUUCCCUCCGAAGGGUCCAAAAUCACGCCGCCACAUCAGUCCGCUGAGUUCCGGUGGAAGGACUACAAUCCGGUCGUGUUUAGACAUUUAAGGCAGCUAUUUCAAAUAGACCCCGCGGAUUACAUGUUAGCCAUUUGUGGAGAUGAUGCGUUGAGGGAGCUUUCAUCUCCUGGGAAGAGUGGAAGUUUCUUUUACUUAACACAGGACGAUCGUUUCAUGAUCAAAACUGUGAAGAAAUCAGAAGUCAAGGUGCUUAUAAAGAUGCUUCCUAGUUACUAUCAGCACGUCUGUCGUUAUGAAAAUUCUCUGGUGACGAAGUUCUAUGGAGUUCAUUGCGUGAAGCCGGUGGGUGGUGUCAAGACGCGGUUCAUUGUGAUGGGGAAUUUGUUCUGCUCAGAGUAUCGAAUCCAUAGAAGGUUCGAUUUGAAAGGAUCCUCCCAUGGUCGCACAACUGAUAAGCUUAAGGGAGAUAUUGAUGAGACAACGACCUUGAAAGACCUUGACCUCAACUAUGUGUUUAGGCUGCAAACAAAUUGGUAUCAAGAACUUAUCAAACAAAUUGAUCGCGACUGUGAGUUCCUGGAGACAGAACGAAUAAUGGAUUACAGUCUCUUAGUCGGCCUUCACUUCCGUGAUGUUAGUACUGGCGACAAGAUUGGUUUAUCACCGUUUCUGCUGCGCACAGGGAAAAGUGAUUCAUACAAGAACGAAAAGUUCAUGCGUGGCUGUCGUUUCCUUGAAGCCGAACUGCAAGACAUGGACCGGGUCUUAUCUGGCAGGAAACCAUUGAUCAGGCUCGGGGCCAACAUGCCGGCAAGAGCCGAGCGAGCUGCUCGUAGGAGCGUGGACCAAUACACACCGGGAGGGUUGAGCAGCCUGACAUCCUCACGCAGUGGUGAAAUCUAUGAAGUGGUCCUCUACUUUGGCAUCAUAGACAUUUUACAAGAUUAUGAUAUUACCAAGAAGCUCGAGCACGCCUACAAAUCGUUGCAAGUUGACCCUACCUCAAUUUCAGCAGUCGAUCCUAAGCUCUACUCCAAGAGAUUUCGGGAUUUUGUGGGGAGAAUAUUCAUCGAGGAUAGAUGAGAUGCAAGAAAACACGAAGCUUCUAAAUUCAAAUCAUGGCUGUAUGAGCAAAUGCCCGGAGAGGCACCCGUGCUCGUGGCAUUGCAGCCGGGAAGGGGCAACGGGGCCGAGUUUUGUGGAUCGGCCAGCCGUUGAUGGAAGUAAGUUAUGAGUUUUUGUACACAUGAAAAUGGUGGGAAAAGAAGGGAGAAAAUUGGUUGUGGGGUUAAUUUUCUUUUUGAUGCAUUUUUUUUGGUAUGUGCACCAAGAAAUGUGAAGAAGAUUUGAAAGAUAGGCAUAGGGAACGGAGCUCAACUGUUUCCUCAACAAAAAAAAGAUUCAAAAUAUUGGUGGAGGGAUUUCAAUAAUGAAGUGUACAGAUUAUAGGAAAAAAGUGUUUGCAUAGUUUAUUUAUUUUUUGGUUGAGAUAUCUGACUUGUUUGAUAUAAAAAAGCCCUUGACCCC